AUGGCCGGUGCACCAGCCGCCCGUCACGUGACGCCGCCUGCCCAGCAGCGCCUGGCUGCCCCCGCUGGCCUGGCCACGCCGCCCCCAACCCGUCGCGCUGUUGGAUCUACUCGCAUCCCAGUGCGCCCUCGGCGGUAUAGGUUCCGGCGCGGCGUGCACGCAGGCAAGACGCUGGCCGAGUGUCCUGCCGAGUACGUUCGCUGGUGCGUUGCCCACCGCCGCGCCUUUGCCCGCGCCGAGCACCGCGCCUUGCACCGCGAACUGGACGACUAUGAACGCGCGUACCGACGCGAGGUCGACCUUGUGGGCGACGGAGAGGUGGACGACGGAGAUGUGGACGACGGAGAUGUGGGCGACAACAAAGCGCACCAUGAUGAUGAUGAUGAUGAUGAUGACAUGGGCGUGCAACUACCUACAAGUCCGAUGGUUCCCGCCCCCGCCUCACCCCAACCGCCGACUCCACCCCGCCCCGCCCCGAGGCAGUGGCGCGUGCGCAACUGGGCGGCGGGAUGGCUUGGCGCCACGCCUUGUCGUCCGCCUCGGCCGACACCAUCAUCACCACCACCACCACCACCACCACCUCCACUCGAUCAUGCCCGUCUUGUCGAGCUCCACAACCACCGGGUCGUCGAGCGGAUUACACGAGCCCACGAUGAGCAGUUGCGUGAUGCCAUGGGCGGCGUGCGCAUGCUGACGCAGCAUGUCGCCCUUGCCGCCGCCGACCAGACCGUCCACCGGCUCGCCGCACACAUGAACAGCCAAACGGAAUCGGCAGACGCGUCGUUCAAGGACAUGACCGCCCGCCUGCAUGCUGCAGACACGGACUCGGUCACACGCCAUGGCAGCCUCAUGGAAGCCACCCAGGAGACACACCAGGCCAUGCAGCAAGCAAUCGACCUGUCACGCACCUGGAUGCAGCAGUCGACCGACGAACGUCAGGCCAUCCAGCACUCGGCUAACACGACACGUCAGGCCAUGGAGCAGGCGGCAACGGAGCUGAGCGCACAGCGGACUGCCAUUGACCGCCUGCAAAAUACCUUGCGAGAAGACCUGGUCCGUGAGUUUGAGAGCCUGCGCCGCACCCUCCUAAGCCGCUCUCCCAGCCCAUCCAGAGGCCGCUCGACGUCUCAACGGCAGCGCGUCGACGACGGCGAUACUGGGCAGCCCGGGAUAAGCACUCGGGAUCAGGAACUUGCAAGCUCACUUGACUACGUCCACGGCAUGACCAAGCGGCUGCGAGACGGCCACUCACUCGACCGACGCCGACAGUACAACCGGGAGAUCGCUGCGAUGCAAGCCCAAGUCGAUGCUGCCAAACUGGACAUCAUUGCACUGCAAAACAAUGCCAACCUCAGCGACCUGGAUCGGGCAAGCCUCAUUCGCCGCUUUCGAGACAGUCAACACACCAUUCAAGAGCAGGAACGACGACUAAAGGAGCUGCGGCAGAUGAACGACGUGUCUCGCAAGGAGAGGCAGGCGUCAGCCAAGGACUACGACAGGUUGCGCCUUGAGCGUGACCGUACAGGUACCCGUUGGCGAGACGGUCAAGACACCAUAGAGGCAAUGGGCGAACAACUGCACAAACUCCAGCAAAUGGGCGACGUGUCUCGCAAGGACAGACAGGCGUCAGCCAAGGACUACGACAGGUUGCGCCAUGAACUUGACCGUGCCGGCAGACGCCACAACACCCAUCAGAUGGAUCUGCCAAGGAGCGGGCUAGCACUGUGGAGGGUACAGCAGGCCGCGGUUCCGCGAAGCCAAACAGCUUUCACCAGGCCAGAGACAGGGCUUCGGCUGGAUGAGGAAGAGGUUGAAGAUGUAUCUUAG